ACUCCAGUCCCCUGCUACAGCUACUCCCCUGUUUAAAGGGCGGCGUGGGGGAGCACGGAAGCCAGGCCGCCAGUUGCAGCUGCUACUCCUGCUUGCUUCCCCCUGUCGUCGGUCGAGGAAGGAGAUGGGUGGCCUACUCCCGCUGGCGCUGCUCGUCGUCCUCUCUGCCGCCGCCGCUGCCCCUCAGCUCGUCGGAGCUGCGAGGGGAGACCAUUCCCUUCCAAUCAUCCAGGAAGACAUCAUACGGACGGUCAACAACCAUCCCAAUGCCGGGUGGACGGCUGGACACAACCCCUACCUCGCAAACUAUACUAUCGAGCAAUUUAAGCAUAUCCUGGGAGUGAAGCCAACACCUCCAGGUUUACUGGCUGGUGUCCCAACCAAAACUUAUUCAAGAUCAGAAAAGGAGGAUCUCCCAAAGGAGUUCGACGCCAGAUCUAAAUGGUCUGGCUGCACCACAAUCGGGAAAAUACUUGAUCAAGGUCACUGUGGUGCCUGCUGGGCCUUUGGUGCCGUGGAGUGUCUGCAAGAUCGUUUCUGCAUUCAUCAUGGCGUGAACGUUUCACUUUCUGUCAAUGACAUAGUGGCUUGCUGUGGGUUUCUGUGUGGCGAUGGUUGUGAUGGAGGAUAUCCUAUCUUCGCAUGGCAAUACUUCGUCGAGAACGGUGUUGUUACUGACGAGUGUGAUCCAUUCUUUGAUCAGGUUGGCUGCCAGCAUCCUGGAUGCGAACCUGCUUAUCCUACACCUGUGUGUGAAAAGAAAUGCAAGGUGCAGAACCAAGUUUGGGAGGAAAAGAAACAUUUCAGUGUCGAUGCAUACCAAGUAAACUCUGAUCCACAUGACAUCAUGGCAGAGGUCUACAAGAAUGGCCCUGUAGAAGUUUCUUUCAUAAUUUAUGAGGACUUUGCACACUACAAGUCAGGUGUUUACAAGCAAAUCACAGGUAGGAUGGUGGGAGGUCAUGCCGCCAAAUUGAUUGGAUGGGGAACAAGUGAUGCUGGCGAGGAUUACUGGCUUCUUGCAAAUCAGUGGAACAGAGGAUGGGGCGAAGACGGGUACUUCAAGGUCAUAAGGGGCAUGAAUGAAUGUGGCAUUGAAGGAGAUGUUAAUGCCGGUAUGCCCUCGACAAAGAACAUCGCGGGUAGCGCCUUUGCAAUCUGAAGUCUGAGCGGCGCCUUUCCUCUGUUGUAGUUGGAAUUAGGGAUUUUCCUGUCAAAUUAAGACCCUCUUUGAUUCAACGAAUUUUCAUAGGACUAGCAAAUAUGUCCAUGUGUUGCAACGUGAGAAAAACAAUUAGAUUAUGCCAGAUGAGAUAAGGACUUUUAAAAUGUCAUUUCAUAAACUACGUCUGAAUAAUGUCAUUAUGAG